GCUCAUGACGAAGUCUGCCCUGAAUUUCCAUUGACUUGCGAAGGCUGUGGGAAGAAGAUUCCGAGGGAGAAGUUUCGGGACCAUGUGAAGACUUGUGGCAGAUCCAAAGUGCCUUGCAGAUUUGAGGUUGUCGGAUGUGCCAAGGUGGUGGAAAACGAAAAGCUACCAGAACACGAAAGCAAAUGUUUGGCGGAGCAUCUCUACAUGCUACUGAGCUUUGUGCUCAGCCUCAAGGCGGGCUCUGGAGACCUAAAGCCCCUUCCAGCCCUUCCCUCAUCGCAGAACAACUCCCCGCUGCUGGCAGCAAGCUCUCUGUGCUCGGAGUCGGAGCUCUCCAGGUCCCUGGAGCUCUUGGGAAGAUGUGAGGCUCUUGAGAGGAAAACGGUGACCUUUGAGAACAUUGUCUGUGUGCUCAAUCGGGAGGUGGAAAGGGUGUCUCUAACAGCUGAAGCCUACAGUCGGCAGCACCGACUAGACCAGGAGAAAAUCGAAACCCUGAGCAACAAGGUCCGGCAGCUGGAAAGGAGCAUUGGACUCAAGGAUCUGGCCAUGGCUGAGAUGGAAGAAAAGAUCCGCAACAUGGAAGCUUCCACCUACGACGGAGUGUUCAUCUGGAAGAUAACAGAAUUUGCCAGGAAGCGUCAGGAGGCGAUAACAGGCCACUCUCCUGCGAUCUUCUCUCCAGCUUUCUACACGAGCAAGUACGGCUACAAGAUGUGCCUGCGCGUCUACCUGAACGGGGAUGGCACCGGGCGUGGGACCCACCUGUCCCUGUUCUUCGUGGUGAUGAAAGGACCCAACGACGCGCUUCUGCGGUGGCCCUUCAACCAGAAGGUAACCCUGAUGCUCCUGGAUCAGAACAACCGGGAGCACAUCAUCGAUGCCUUCCGACCCGACGUGACGUCCUCCUCCUUCCAGCGACCCGUCACGGAAAUGAACAUUGCCAGCGGCUGCCCGUUGUUCUGCCCCGUCUCUGUGAUGGAAGCCAAGAACUCCUACGUGCGGGAUGAUGCCAUCUUUAUUAAAGCCAUCGUUGAUCUCACGGGCCUCUAA